AUGACCCUCCCACCAAAAUACUCGGGUUUGCGGCUUGCUACUUCGGGCAUUGCGGAACAGCGACAUACCCUUGAGAUCUCUGAGCAGUUCUCCGCAAAACUCUUCCACACAUUCUACACCUCCGUCAUCCCUAUCAUCCAAAAGACCUAUACUCCGAAGCUCCAGGUCGUUUUCCGGCCGCAAGUCCAACCAUGGCACCCGUCGUCGACCUUGACCCAAGAAGCGGCACUUGCGGUCUUGAAACUAGCACCCUCCAAGUUCUGGGAUUUCAGCGACGCCCUGUUCAAGGCCCAAAAGGAGUAUUUCGAUGCAAACGUCGUAAAUGAGACGAGGAACCAUACGUAUGAGCGAUUGGCCAAAUUAGCGGCGAAAGUGACGGGUUUGGAUGAAGCAAAGGUGUAUGCUCUGCUGGAGGUCAGUGACAAACCAGCGCCGGACGGGUCUUUGAAUGGCGGCAACCAAGUGACAAACGAUGUCAAAUUUUUGACAAAGGGUGUUGAAGAAAGAUCUAUUAGCAGCAGUUUCACUGUUCAACAGUGGGAGGAAUGGCUUGAAAAGUGCAUUGAAUGA